AAAAUUAAAUAUUUAAAAUUAAUUAAAAUUUUUGAAUUUUUUUUAUAAAUUAUAACAAAACAUUUCAACAAAAAUUGUCCAAAAAAUUAUUGUUUUCAUAUUUGAAUUAAAUAAUCUUCGUUCGCGAAAAAAUUACUGUUAAAUUCAUCACAUUGGUUUGUGCAUCACAGGAUUCACCACAAACAGUGCAUCAUUCCGAACCAUUCACAUUUGGCGGGCCCACAUUUUGCGACCACUGCGGGUCGCUACUCUACGGCAUCUAUCAUCAGGGUCUCAAAUGUUCAGCAUGUGCAUGCCCGCUGCAAAGAGAAUGUUCCGAGCAUCAAUUUGGAAUUGAAUGUGAAGGAGAAUUUUCUGACGUCAAAGAAGGCCGUAAUCUCAAUCCAAUGACCCCAAUGGUCUUAGCGAUCCAUAUGUUAAGGUUAAACUCCUUCCAGAUGAGCAUGAAAAGUCAAAGAAGAAGACGCAGACCAUUAAAGCAUGUCUGAAUCCCUUUUGGAAUGAGACCAUCAAAUAUGAUCUUAAGCCAGAAGACAAAGAUCGCCGUGUACCGAGGUCUGGGAUUGGGAUCGUACAUCGCGCAAUGAUUUUAUGGACGCUUUAUCAUUUGGCAUAUCCGAAGUUAUUAAGAAUCCCGCGGAUGGCUGGUUCAAAUUGCUCACACAAGAGGAGGGGUGCGCCGAUGCCACACACGAUCUACUUAAACUCAAAAGUCAAAUGCGGAAAUCGUCACAAAAGAAACCACUGGUGAUGCGCAGCGAAACAAAUGCACAGACACAAUCCAAAAAGGAUAUGAUUCGUGCCACAGAUUUCAAUUUCAUAAAAGUGCUGGGCAAAGGUUCAUUUGGUAAGGUCAUGUUGGCUGAACGCAAGGGCACCGAAGAUCUCUACGUCAUUAAGAUACUCAAAAAGGAUGUCAUCAUACAAAACGAUGAUGUCGAGUGUACAAUGAUUGAGAAACGUGUUUUGGCUUUGCGUGAAAAACCGCCACUCCUAGUGCAGCUGCACUCAUGCUUCCAAACGUUAGAUCGUCUCUUCUUUGUCAUGGUGUAUGUCAAUGGUGGCGAUUUAAUGUUUCAAAUACAACAAUUCGGCAAAUUCAAGGAGCCGGUAGCGGUCUUUUACGCAGCCGAAAUAGCCGCUCGGCUCUUCUUCCUACACAGUAAAGGCAUUUUGAAUCGUGAUUUGAAAUUGGACAAUGUUCUGUUGGAUGCCGAUGGUCAUGUGAAAAUUGCCGACUUUAGCAUGUGUAAGAAGAAUUUUAUUGGUGAUAAGACAACAAAGACAUUUUGUGGUACACCCGACUACAUAGCACCCGAGAUUAUUCUAUAUCAACCCUAUGGGAAAUCGGUAGAUUGGUGGGCCUAUGGCGUUUUACUCUACGAAAGGCUCGUGAGUCAGCCACCGUUCGACGGUGAGGAUGAAGAAGAGUUGUUUGCUGCCAUUACAGAUCACAAUGACUCCUAUCCAAAGAGUUUGAGCAAGGAGGCCAAAGAGGCGUGCAAAGGGUUCCUCACCAAGCAACCAAACAAGCGGCUUGGUUGUGGAGCAACCGGCGAGGCGGAUGUGCGUAUACAUCCAUUCUUCCGACGCAUCGAUUGGGAGAAAAUUGAGAAUCGUGAAGUGCAGCCGCCAUUUAAGCCGAAAAUCAAACAACAUUAACACAGAUGUCUCGAAUUUCGAUAAGCAAUUCACUUCGGAGAAAACGGAUCUGACACCAACGGAUAAAGUAUUUCUGAUGAAUUUGGACCAAACUUUAAAUACGCUGAAUAUGGUGAAUACGCCACACCAGCAGACACACACUCGCCCACCUACUGGAAGGUAUUGCGUUCGGGCGGCGUGCGUAGGAAACAAAGGCAAAUAGCAACGGAAGAACGCGAAAAAGAUAGUGUGUAUACAAUUUAUGCGCGGAUGUUACUUUGUUUUAACGGAUGUUACAAAUUUCGUUCUCACUGCACUGGUGCUUUCAGACUAUGGGUCGCAUAUUCUUCGUUAUGGAAUACUGUAAACGGACGUUUCACUUCAGAACGUAAACUAUGAAUCCUAUAACCAUACCGUCGAUUGGUGGUCUUCCAGGCUGUGGGUGGGGAGAACACUGUCAAAAAUAUCAAAGAUAAACCGUAUUUCCGAAGCAUUUUUCUCAGAAAGCUAUGGAUGUCAUUACCAGUUUCCUCGCUAAGAAAACAAAUAAUCAUUUAAGUGUCGGACGCUAUUACCGCUCUGAGGUUACAACACAUCCAUUCUUUAGGAAUAUUGAUUGGGAGAUAUCGGAAGCUAGGGAAGUGGACCCACCUAUUGUGCCUUCGAGCUUAAAGCUCGCUCUCAAUAAGUACUAAUAUUUCGUUGUUCAUUGAGAAACAUCGCAGGGACAACUCGGCUUUCGAUAAAACUUUGAACACCGAGAAAACUGACUUGACUUGGAUCUUGGUUUCUCAUACAUGAAACCAGAAUUUAUUACUAUUAUUAUGUAUAAACUAAAGUUUGAAAUAUAUGUAUAAUGCAAUCGAAGUGGGAAAGUUGAAAUCACUUUAUUGUGAUUAAAUUCUAGAAAAAUAAAUAAA